UCGUAUGCAUGUAUAUACUGAGUUUCGAAUGGUUUUCAGAAUUAUAAAUUAAAAAUUUAAAUAUAGAUAAUGUAUGGCAUUAGCAUAAUGUGAAAGUAUGCGAUUGACAAGAAUUUUUUAAACAUUAAACACUAUACGAUACUAUUCUUUCAAUGAGUCGAUGAAUUUAUAAUUCUACAGGGGACUUCGAUGAAUUGGAAAUUGUAAUGUGUCAACUAUUAAUACCUUCUGUAACAUUAAAAGACUACAGAAAUGUUUGCCACUAAAAAUAUGAAAAGUAUAUCACAUGUAAGAUAUUUCUUUAAAAAAUUAUUUCAACAAAAGUCAAAGAUAAUAGCGACUCCGACUCAUAAAACGAUGAACAAUAAGUUUGGCCAGUAUGAUUUAGUUGAACCUUGGACCGUAUCUGUAAAAAAAGUUGUACCUUCUCAUAUCCCUAAGCCAUUAUACAGUGAGUCGACAAUUCCAUGCCAGUCACCCAAAAAUCCUGAAAUCAAAAAUCAAAAUCAAAUUGAGUGCAUGGGUCAUAGUUGCAGCUUAGCAAAACGGGUUUUAAAUCAAGUUCAAGGCUUCAUCAAACCAGGAAUAACAACGGAUCUUCUGGACGAAUAUAUUCAUGAGUUAAUCAUCAACAAUGCUGCCUAUCCAAGUCCAUUAAAUUAUAAGGGUUUUCCAAAAUCAGUUUGCACGAGUGUCAACAAUGUAGCAUGUCACGGCAUUCCUGACAAUCGACCACUCCAAGACGGUGAUAUUCUAAACGUCGACGUUACAGUAUACCUUAAUGGAUACCAUGGAGAUUGUUCAGCAAUGUUUGAGGUUGGCAACGUUGAUGCCGAGGCAAAGCGACUAAUUGAAGUCACUCAACUCUGUCUCAGACAUGCCAUUGAAUUAUGUAAACCUAAUGAAAAUUUCAAUUCAAUAGGCAACAUAAUCGAAGAAACAGCAAAUAAGCAUGGAUUUAAUGUAAUUCCAGCAUUUGUUGGUCAUGGAAUUGGCAACUACUUUCAUGGACCACCAGAUAUUUAUCACAUUGCAAAUGACAUGCCUGGAAAAAUGCAACCUGGUAUGACUUUCACAAUUGAACCUGUCAUUACCCAAGGAUCGGAAGAGAUUGAAAUUUGUGAAGAUGGAUGGACUGCAGUUACUGUAGAUAAGGCUCGGACUGCUCAGUGUGAACACACUAUUUUAAUUACAAAUAACGGCUGUGAGAUAUUGACUCUUUAAUCACCAGAAAUUUCUUGUUGCUUCUGUGAAUCCAAGUUAACAUAGAGUGUACAAAUUAAGCGUUAAUUGGUAAAUUAUGAUUUAUUUAUGAAAAGUAACAUUAAAAGGACAUAUUCCAUAA